AUGAAUUAUUGCUUCUCACACCCAUAAUGUCCAAUUACAGGAAUAUGUAUUGCACCACAUAAAUGUUAAAGGAAGCUUUGUUUUAAAUGCUUGUAUAAUCAUGAAAUCACAAUUUAAUAAUGUCUUCCAUUUGAUGUUUUUUUAGAUCGACUAGAUAAACUAAUUGAAAAUUAUAAACUAAAUGAUAACUCAAAAUAUGAAUAGAUUAAAAUUGCUUUUAAAUCUCUUAUAUCUUCAUCAGAAUAGAUGAUUAAAAAAGUGUUUGUUCAAUUAAUUGAUUCUAUAAAUUACAUAUUUGGUAAGAUUGAAGAUCAAGAUAAAUCGUAUGUCAAUCUCAUUACUAAUAAUUAACAUCCAGCAGAAUCGUAGUGUCCCGAUUUAGAUAAUUUGGUGCAAUUAUUGGAAAGCAAUAUUUUGGAAGAUUGGAAUACCUAAAAGAAUACUUAUUUACAAUAAUUAGUUUAAAGUAAAGAGAGGCUAACCGAAUAGAUGAAUAUUUUUAGUAAUAAGUGUUAAGAAGAAAUGAGGGAGAUAUUUUCAAUAAUAAAGUAAGAAUUUAUUGAAUAUUAAGCAUAAAAUCAGGAGAAAAAAAAAAGUAAUAAGUAGAAUAGAAAGAGGAAAAAUAAGAAGUCUUAGGCUUUGUAUGGGAUAGAGUUUGGUCUCAAAUGAUUUCAAACAAAUUUUAAACAGUAAUUACUUAGGAUAACAAAUUAAAAUACAUAAAAGAUGGAUUAGCCAUAAGAAUGUAAUUGUUCACAUAUUAAUAAUCUUAAUAGAGAUCCUAUCAAAGAUAUAUCAACAAAACCUGAAAUAUUAACGAAUUUAGAAUAAAUAUAACAUUUGUAAUGGUUAGGAGAAUAUAAUAAAAAUAAUAAAAAAGUUGGAAAAUGGAUUUUAAAAUGGAAGGGAAAUAUUUUAAAAGAUGUCGGUGGAUAGUACUCUUAAACUGGACAAAAAUAAGGAUUUUGGAUAGAGUUGAUUAAGAAUUAUUGGAGGUAAAUAACGAAUACUUAUUAUAUACCAGUAAAGCGGAAGCCUAUGAAGCGGGAUAAUAUGAAAAUAAUUUACGAAUAGGAGCUUGGAAUUAUAUCUAUGAGGAAAAAGACUUGUAUUAAAGAUUUUUAUUUAUGAAUAGUGGUGGAGGAGAAUACAACAAGUAGGGCGAAAAGAAUGGAAAAUGGAUAGAAUUAAGUGUUGGAUUUUGGGAAUACUCACAAGUUUCCUAUAAUGGAGAGUAUAAAAAUGGAAAAAAAAUUGGUAGAUGGGAGAUCAUGUUUUAAGGGAAUGAAUUAUUAUCAAAAUAAAAAUAGAUGUAAAAACAACAAAUUAUAUUUAAGUGGUGGUGGAUCAUAUGAUGAUGAAGGUAAUGGAAUUAAGAUUGGAAAAUGGAUUGAAUUAAGUGAUGGAUUUAGGGAAAAUUCAUAAGUAACUUUUAGUGGAGAAUAUAGAAAAAAUUAAAAGGUUGGAGUUUGGAAUAUUUAUUGGAAUUGGUGUGGAAAGAAUUAAGAGAUGUAAAAUUAUACUUAAUUAAAAUAAAAUUUUAGUGGUGGUGGAUCAUAUGAUUAAGGGGAUAAUGGCAUAAAAAUUGGUCCUUGGGUUGAGGUAAGCAAUGGAUUUGCAAGUUAUUGGUAAAUAACUUAAAAUGGUUCAUAUACAAAUGGUAAAAAAGUUGGUAUGUGGGUAGAAAAAGAUAUUAAAAAGAAUGAGAUAUGUAAAGAAAUACAUUAUAAGUAUUGA